AUGGCGUCGCCGCUGUCCCCCCGCCGCACAUCUGUCACACCGGCGUCGGUGCUGGUCGUCGUACUCCUAAUAAGCGCGAACGCCGCAGAGGCCUCCCAGGGUGACAAAGAACCGAUUUACCGGGACUGCUUAAAGACGUGUGUCCAGAGCAAUUGCACCGGAGCUCGGCUACGAUGGUACCAGACGGUCCAGCCGCAUUACAUGGCGCUGACAGGCUGGACUUGUCGUGAUGACUGUCGAUACGAGUGCAUGUGGACCACCGUGGGGCUUUACCAGGCCGAAGGCUACCAAAUCCCGCAAUUCCACGGCAAGUGGCCGUUUGCCCGCUUCCUGUGCUUUGAGGAGCCUGCGUCCGCCCUGGCCUCUCUCCUCAACGGCCUGGCGUGCCUUCUCAUGAUGCUGCGCUACCGGAGCACCGUGCCGCGCCAGAGUCCCAUGUUCCACACCAUUAACGCCUUCUCUCUGGUAUCACUCAACGCUUGGUUCUGGUCCACAGUGUUCCACACUCGGGAGACAUUCCUUACUGAAAAAAUGGACUAUUUCUGCGCGACUGCAGUCAUUCUCUACUCCAUUUACUUAUGCUGUGUCAGAACACUGGGUCUGAAGCACCCAGUGGUGUCCAGCAUCGUCGGGGUGGUGCUCAUCUUGGUCUUCACGUCACACGUGUCCUACUUGACCUUCGUCAGUUUUGACUACAGCUACAACAUGACCGCCAACAUCUCCUUUGGCAUGGUGAAUCUGCUGUGGUGGCUCUUCUGGUGCUGGAGCAACCGGCGUACGCUACCCUACUGGUGGAAGUGCGUCCUGGUAGUUUUGCUGCUUCACGGCCUGGUCCUGUUAGAGUUGCUGGACUUCCCACCGUUGCUCUGGAUUCUGGACGCGCACGCCCUCUGGCACCUCAGCACCAUCCCAGUGCACGUCCUUUUCUACAGUUUCCUGAUAGAAGACAGCCUCUACUUGCUCAACACCGAGAAGAUGGGCGUCAAAGUGGACUAG